AUGGCGUCUCUCAAGAAAUCAAAGAAAAGCAAGAAAGAUAGGAAAUUGAAGAAAAACUUAAGCUUGGUUCCAGUCGAGCCUAAAGCCGCAGACUCUGACUGGUGGGAUAGUUUCUUCAACCCAAGCAUUGAAACUGGACUAGUCUUAGCGGUUGCCAUAUCUGUGACAGGAAAUGUUGAGCAGUAUCCCAAUGCAAGCAAUGUUCCUGGAAUUCUCAUACUUGAGAUUGAUGCUCCCAUUUACUUUGCAAAUACCAACUACUUAAGAGAAAGGCACACAGGUUGGAGAGGACUUGAUGAAGGCAUCGUUGUAGUUGGGACUUGCAUGAUUUAA